CGUCCUACUUGGAAGGCCAUGGCAGUUCGAUAGAAGCGCGCAACACGAUGGAGUCUCCAACAAGUAUCAAGUUUUACAUAAUGGAAAGAAAAUAAAGUUAAAGCCCUUGACUCCCAAGGAAGUAUAUGAGGAUCAACGACAACUCCUAAGAAACCGGGAGAAAGAAGCUAUUGUCGUGGAACAGAAGCAAGGAGGAGAAGAUUGCAAAUGAUGAUAGCACGAAGUGGAGACGUGAAGCAAGCUAUGAAUCAUGGUGACUCUAUGAUCAUGAUAGUCUAUAAGGAAGCCCUACUGAAUCAAGAGCUUGUUCAAGAUAUACCACCUAGGGCACGAGUGGUAUUAGAGGAAUUUGAAGAUGUCUUUCCAGAAGAAGCUCCCAAGGGUUUACCUCCAAUUCGAGGCAUUGAACAUCAAAUUGACUUUGUUCCUGGGGCUACUAUUCCAAACAAGGCAGCCUAUAGAAUGAACCCAGAGGAAACGAAGGAAUUACAAAGGCAGAUUGAAGCGCUUAUGGAGAAAGGACAUGUUCGAGAGAGUAUGAGUCAUUGUGCGGUUCCAGUCAUUCUUGUGCCAAAGAAAGAUCAUACAUGGAGGAUGUGUGUUGAUUGCCGAGCAGUCAACCAAAUUACUAUCAAGUAUCGUCAUCCCAUAACACGAUUGGAUGACAUGCUCGAUGAACUACAUGGAUCAAUCUUAUUUUCAAAGAUCGAUUAGAGGUCUGGCUACCACCAGAUUCGAAUGAAAGAAGGUGAUGAAUGGAAGACAACGUUCAAGACGAAGCACGAAUUAUACGAGUGGAUGGUGAUGCCUUUCGGUCUUACAAAUGCUCCAUGUAUGUUCAUGAGGUUGAUGAAUCACGUGUUGAGAUCUUUUAUUGGGAAGUUCGUGGUCGUCUACUUCGAUGAUAUUCUGAUCUAUUCAAAGAGUAUGGAGGAGUAUCUUGAUCAUUUGCGAGAAGUGUUGAAGACUUUGAGGAAGGAGAAGCACUAUGCCAAUCUUAAGAAGUGCACGUUCUGUACUUCGAAUGUGGUAUUUCUUGGAUUCAUAGUAAGUGCGAAUGGUGUCGAGGUUGAUGAAGAGAAGGUGAAAGCAAUUCAAGCAUGGCCAACCCCUACCAACGUGAAUGAAGUGAGGAGUUUUCAUGGGCUGGCUGGAUUUUAUCGACGAUUCGUCCCAAAUUUUAGCACUAUUUCCGCCCCAUUGACUUCAAUUAUAAAGAAGAAUGUGACGUUUCAUUCGGGUGAGGAUCAAGAGAAGGCAUUUGAGCAACUCAAGUACAAGCUCACUCAUGCUCCUGUUUUAAUGCUACCCGAUUUCAGCAAGACUUUUGAAGUGGAGUGUGACGCAUCUGGAUUGGGAAUUGGGGCUGUAUUGAUGCAAGAGAAGAAGUCCAUCGCUUACUUUAGCGAAAAAUUGAGUGGAGCUAUGGUUAACUAUCCUACCUACGAUAAGGAGCUCUAUGCAUUGGUUCGAGCCCUAGAGACAUGGCAGCAGUAUCUAUGGCCCAAAGAGUUCGUGAUCCAUACUGACCAUGAGUCUCUCAAGUACUUGAAGGCCCAACACAAGUUAAACAAGAGGCAUUCUCAUUGGGUGGAGUUUAUUGAGUCGUUUCCCAAUGUGAUCAAGUACAAACAAGGCAAGGAAAACGUGGUUGCUGAUGCAUUGUCCCGGAGGUACACGUUGAUCACUACUAUGGAUGCUAAGUACCUUGGAUUCAAGCAAAUCAAGGCUACUUAUGAAGGGGAUUUCGACUUUGGAGAGAUUUACAAGGCUUGUGAGAAGCAUGGAGAAGGAAAGUUAUACCGAAGUGAUGGUUAUCUCUUUCGUGGUAAUCAAUUGUGCAUACCUAGGACAUCACUACGAGAGCUAUUGUUAAGGGAAGCUCAUGGAGGAGGAUUGAUGGCUCACUUUGGUGUAGCCAAAACACUAAGUUGUUUACAAGAGCACUUCUAUUGGACUCACAUGAAAGGAGAUGUGUAGAACUUAUGCGCACGAUGUGUGGAGUGCCAACAUGCUAAAUUGAAGAUGCAAUCAUCUGGGUUGUACACGCCACUACCUAUUCCUUAUGCACCAUGGGUCGACAUUUCAAUGGAUUUUGUGCUACGAAUGCCGAGGACAAGGAGAGGCAGGGAUUCAAUUUUCGUCGUGGUGGAUCGUUUUUCGAAGAUGGCACAUUUCAUUCCAUGCCAUAAGACGGAUGAUGCAAACAACGUGGCUGAUUUGUUCUCAAGGAGAUCAUGAGGUUGCAUGGAAUGCCACAUACCAUUGUGUCUGAUCGAGAUGAAAAGUUUCUAAGCUACUUUUGGAAGACAUUGUGGAGUAAACUCGGCACAAAGCAUCUGUUUUCAACAACUUGUCAUCCUCAACCGGAUGAAAAAACAGAAGUGGUCAAUCGUAGUAUAUCCCAAAUGCUACGAGCUGUGAUCAAGAGCAAUAUCAAAACUUGGGAAGACUGUCUACCACAUGUCGAGUUUGCCUACAAUCGAGUUGUGCAUUCAACCACAAAGCAUUCACCUUUCGAGCUCGUGUAUGGGUUCAAUCCACUUACACCAUUGGAUUCGACACCUCUGCCCUUGAAGGAACAAGUAACAUUGAUGGAGCAAAGAAGGCUGAAUUUGUGAAAAAUCUCCACGAGAAGGCAAGAUUGAACAUCGAGAGGAGGAUGGAGCAAAUCAUGAAGAACGUCAAUUGCAAUAGGAAGCCUCGAUCAUUUGAAGCUGGAGAUUGGGUGUGGGUGCACAUGAGAAAGGAAAGGUUUCCUCAUCAAAGGAGAUCCAAGCUGUUACCUCGAAGUGAAGGUCCCUUCCAAGUUAUUUCAAAGGUUGGAAGCAAUGCCUACAAAAUCGAUUUGCCAGGAGAGUAUGGGAUAAGUACAACCUUCGAAGUUUCUGACCUUGCACCAUAUUUGGAGGACAAUUAGGAUUUGAGGUCAAAUCCUUUUCAAGAGGGAGGGACUGAUGAGGUCAUCAAAACCAAGUCCAUUUCAUCACAAGAAGGGCCAAUUACACGUCUACAAGCAAAGAGGUUAAGGGAGGAGUUUGCUGCCUAUUUGGAUGGUCACUUUGCUCAAAUGGACGUGGAUCAUCAUCAUGGGAAGACAAUUGCAUUGAUACAAAUCGUGGGUCAGCAUGAAGGAAGAAAAGAGCUUGGAAGGAGAAGAGGAUUCGGCUAAGGAAGAGGAGGGGAGUCUCAAGUGUGAAAAGGAUCAAGGUGGGAAAGGAAUCAAAGGUGGGAAGACAAGGGAAGGCUAGAACCUAGGGAGUUGUUGAUCAAGUCUUUUACUUGUCUUUUAAGGAUUGUGUUUUUUCCUUUUACUUGUAGGAUUUGUUUUUCAUUUUAAGCUUUGGAUUUGUGUUAGCUAGUCUAUAAAUAAAAGGCUGAGUUCCUCAUUGUAACUCAUUCAAUUAUCAAUCAACUUUCAAGUUACAAGUUCAUACUAGUUCUUUGUGCAAGCUUCUGUUGAGAGUGCUCCAGGAGUUUCACGUGUCUCUUAUCAACUAGAGAACGCGUCUAGUUGUGGCGAGCUUCUACCCAAUAGCGAUUGGCCUUAUUCACAAGUGGGUGAUUGUUUGAUUGGUUUCAUAUACCAAUUGGCCUGUCACACGAGUUGGAAUCUGUUUGAUCAUGUUCCAUCAUUAUCUUUUGUUCGAGUUCGUUGAAGAAAAACUACGAAAACCAUAAAAAGUAGGAAAGCUGCGUACUUUGGUCACAUCAUCUCCCUUCUCUGAUUCUUUACAUUCUAUUUAUGUUUGAUUUUGCUUUGUUCUCGACUAACCAUGAUUUAGUUUUUUAAUCAUUUUGUAGCUGGAUUUUGUUCAACAACGAACGAACAGAUCUGGCCAAGGUAAGGUUCAUGCCAUGAUGUUCCCUUUUUGGCAGUCUAAUAUCCCGGUGUUUGUCUUUGUUAUUCUUUGUUUCUUGGGUUUUAUCUCGCUUUUACUGCAGUUUUGAACGCUACUACAGUGGCGGAACGUC